AUGCAAGCAACUAUGUUGUGUGAUCCUGGUUGUGUAGAUUACGGAAAGAAGCACAUUUGGUCUAGCCUUCUUGAGGAAGCUACUCACAAAGCUGCAGUGGCACUAUCACGUACCAAAACGCUCAUCAUUGUGGGAGAUGAGGAAUGCGGAAAGAGCACUCUUAUUGCCCGACUUCAAGGGACUCGUGAUCAGCAAAAGGGAUUUGGACUGAACUUCACUUUGCUAGAUAUCAAGGAUGAAGAGAGGGAUGAUCAGACUGAAUUAAAAGUGUGGAUAUUGGAUAGGCAUGCUGUUCACAACCACCUUUUUAAAUUUGCAGUUGAUGAAGAAUCUCUCGGGGAUUGUUUCGCUAUGAUAUGUGUGAGCAUGGCGGAGCCGUGGAAGAUAAUGAAAAGUCUUGAAGAGUGGGUCACUGUUCUCAGAAAGCAUAUCGACCAACUGAAGAUUCCAGAGCAGAAGCUUCAACAAUACAAGAAUAACGUUUUGCACCAGUUCCGUGGUUACCUGGAGCCAGAUGUACUAGCCAAUAAAACUCAUGUUUCAUCCAUCUCCAUGCCUGCAAUUGACAACUCUGAUACGAAGCCAGCUGAGCCACCGAAAAAACUAACUCGAGUACAUCCUGCAAAAGUUGUUUUGUUCUCAAAUACUUUGCGCGAAUCAGCGGAGCAAUUAUUGCCAGAUAAAAAUUCAGAAUCUGCAGUGGAGUGUGCUGAAACCUCUUCAGAGUCAAAUUCUAAUGAGAAUACUUUGUAUAACAACUUGGGUGUUCCAAUAAUUGUAGUUGUAACAAAGGCUGACACUAUGAGCAAUUUGGAAAAAAAACACCAAUUUACGGAAGAAUACUUUGACUUUAUUCAGAUGCAUAUUCGUCGCUUUUGUCUAUCUUGUGGAGCAGCUUUGUUUUACGUGUCAGUGAAAGAUGAUAAAAAUUGUGAUUUACUAAAUCGUUAUCUUCAAAGUCGUAUAUAUGGCUUUCCUUUCACUCAAACAGCAUAUGUCGUUGAAAGGGAUUGCAUUUUUGUUCCAGCUGGAUGGGAUAAUGAGAAAAAGAUUGGAAUUUUGCAAGAAAAUCUUACUGAAAUCAAACCUCUUAGUCUUUAUUCUGACGUAAUACCACAGCCAAAAAAAGAUACAGCUCUUCGUGAAAUGGAAAUGCCUCUCCCAGAUGAUCAGUCAUUUCUAACACGCCUCAUACUAAUUGUACAAAGGGAUAUCCCUCAACUAAAUGCACAUUUAUCUGGUAGUUCAGAUUCUGUUACGGAUCAAAUAUCAGCAACACCUGCUCUAAUGAAUUCAUCUUCAGUUGUUGGAAAUCGAUCAGUUUCUGGAUCACCUCGUACAUCGGCAAGUAGAACAAAGCCUGUGACAUCUAGUGGUGGACCUACACCGACUGCCGGUGCAGGGACUGGGGCAUCUGAAGGUGUCCUAGCCAACUUCUUUAACAGUUUACUUAGUAAACGCGGAACUAGUGGAGCUGUUGGUGUCAAUCCAACUAUCUCUUUAAACUCUUCAGGUCCCUUAGACAGAUCAUCCAUUUCUCAGAAAGAUAUUCAGUCUGAACUGGAAAGACUCUCACGUAAUUCUCGUGAAGUUUCAAAUACAACAGAUUGUGCUAUUGAACAACUGGUGAAUGAAAGCCAACAAAAAUUGCAAGUGUCUAAAUCUUCUGAACCACCUAAAUUCUCAUCAAGAAAUAAUGCAUCAGAAAACGCAAACGAAGCUUAG